GUACGUAGUGAUGGUAGGCUAGGAUGUGUUGCCACUUCAAAUAUACCGCAAAUCGUUGCCUUCAAAGUAAAUCCAACUUCCUUGAACAUCCAGCUUCAAUAGUCAACGCCGAACCAAAAAGUUGCAUUAAAGGCGCAACUGGUUCUUUGGAUUUCAGCUGUACGCCAAACUUGUCAUCAAGAGCAAUACCCGGAAUUCUGUUGCUAGGGAAUGAGUAUGUAUUGCUGAACGAAGCCUUGGUGACUGGUGUACAAUUUGGAAUCGCGGCACAUUACUUUGAGUCUUCAUUAUUUGGUCUUAUGCACACACGUUCAACUUACUGAAAUUUGGAUUUCAUCUCUAGUCAAAUCUUUUUUGCCCGUAACUCGUCGCCCACCUGCCGGCCAUGCCUUUAGGCUGGGAGAGAAUCAAUGAAAAGACCCAGCGCCCAAAUGCACUUAUCAACUUCAUCCGGCCUCUCCCCGGGGCCUCAGAAAAGCUGUCCCAAGACUUCCUGGAACGCGUGGCGGCCAUCGUCUACCCCAUCAUGAAGCGCAACCACAUCGUCGUCAACGCCCUGGAAGAGUUCCCCUGGAACCGCGAAUUCGUCGGCCGCAACUUCAAUGCCGGGGAAGCCGUUCAGCUGGUACUCCGGGCAAAGAACGGGGCGUGGAUGCCGUUCCGGCACGUGCAGAUGGUGAUGAUCCAUGAGUUGGCGCACUGCAAGGAGAUGAAUCACGGGAAAAAUUUCUGGAAGGUGCGUGAUGGGUACGCGGAUGAGCUUCGGGCAUUGUGGACGCGGAAUUACACGGGAGAGGGAUUCUGGGGUCGAGGGCAGACGUUGCUGAGCGGACAGUACACUACGGAGGUCAUGCCGGAUACGUCGAUGGCCCCCGAGCAUAUCUGUGGCGGCACGUACCGCAGCGCGAGGAGAAAGAGAAAGAGAGGGCAAGGCGGGACGUCCGAGAAGCCGAAGCUGAGCUACGCAGAGCGACAGCAGCGGAGAAUCUUGAAGAAGUUUGGGAGCGGGGGGGUUGCGUUGGGGGACGACGAAACGAAGCGAGUGGAGCUCGAGGGAGGGAAGAAGGUACAGGGCAAGCCUCGGGUGGCUGGGAGUGCGAGAGGAAGGGAGCUGAGAGCCGCAGCGGCGUUGGCUAGGUUUGACAACGUAAAGAAGGAGAAAGAUCGGAGUGAGGCGCCGUCCGAUGGCGAGUCGGAUACAGAGUCGGAAUACGAAGAGGAAACUGAAAGCGACCUGAUCGCUGUUGAUGAACAUGGCAAGCGACUCACUGAUUCGAAAGGUCGGGGCUUUGUGAAGAUCUGCGAGACCGAGGAUAACAACGAUGUUGACUCCAAGCGAGAAAUGGACGAGCUUCAGCGGAUCGAUCGAUACUUCACGAAACGUCCGCAGAGGCCGGGAAGUUCAUUCAUAGAUAACGCUGACGACGGUAGUGAGACGGAGGAUGAAGAGCUACCCAUUGAGGUAAAGAGGGGGGAGUCAAAUUCAAUACCACGGAACAGUGGGAUAACAUCCGGCGAAGCCGGGCAGCGGCCUGCCGAAGAGACCGAACAGAUCUCCUGCAACGUCUGCUCGUACCUCAAUCCUUCGACCGCCCUGAUAUGCGAGAUCUGCUCGAACGUGUUGAAGCCUUCCAAACUCCUCAGCACUUGGAGAUGCCAGAGCUCGUCGUGCAAAGAGAACAAUUAUAUCAAUCCUGGAGACGCUGGGGUUUGUGGGGCAUGUGGAGCGAGCAAGAACCGGGCUGCGUAGAAUGAAGAUGUGGAAAAGAGCAUGAUACCCUCCGUCGCUACGGAUCUUGUUCCUCGAAACUCCAUAUCACGAUAUGUACAUGAAGAGCAGGGAUAACGACCAACUAUGGACUCAAGACGAGCCACCCAGUUUCUGAUACUGUUGAGCCACGAAUUUGGCGCUGUCCGAGAUAUACGACCCCGAGUUAUAUCGCAAAUGAGCCAGCGUCGAAGACCCUCCCGGCGUGCACGU